AUGCCGAUGAACUUAGAGUACGUCGGCGAUUUUUUCGCUUAUUAUGUCGUCGCUUUUGGAGCUCUCGUUCUCACGCCACUGACGCUGAAGAAGUUCCAAUCUUCGGCGAAUAAAAAGGAAGAAGAAAGAAUGAAAGAAAGAAAGGCGAAACAUGGCAACUCGAAAUGGUUCAAAAAUAAGGAAUCCGAAUUGAAAAAAGUCGGCGCCAGUCCCUGGAUCACCCGCUUCAUCAUCCUCCUGUGCUGGGCCCUGCUCGCUUUCAUCGGCUACAACGCUUCCCAAACCGAAGAAGUGAUCACCGUCGCCUUCGAUCCCUUCGGAAUCUUGGGCGUUUCUCAAAACGAUCCGCAGUUCCAAGACUUCGAAAGCGGCAAAAAAGCGAUCAAGAAAGUCUACAGGACUCUUUCGCGAACCCAGCAUCCCGACAAGCUUCGAAACGAGUAUUUGAAAGCGAACGACGGCGCCGAGAUUCCUGAUGAUGUCGAAACGGCGAACAACGAAGCUUGGGGAAAAAUUAACAAGGCCUACGAGACGCUGACGGACGAGCACAUGUUCGAAAACUGGGUCAAGUAUGGAAACCCCGACGGAAUGCUCCAGACCAAAUACGGCGUUGCCCUGCCCGCCUGGCUCGUCGAAGAAGACAACCACAUGUACGUCCUCGGCGUGUACGGCCUCCUCUUCGGCAUCAUGCUCCCCGCCAUCGUGGGCAACUGGUGGUACAAGUCGAUCCAGUACACUUCCGAAGCCGUUCUUAUCAAGACGACGAAGCUGUUCGAGUUCUACGUUUACAGAACGCCGCUGAUGAAUCGUCGCCGCGCGCUCAUGGUCUUUUCCGGCGCCUUCGAGUUCAACUCAAAUCACAACAAAGACAUAAAGGAGCGGCCGGAAGAUGCGGAGCAACUGCCGGUUUUGAUGCGCGAAAUCGAGGAAUAUGAGCGAAACGUUUCAAAGCCACCAACUGACAAGCCUUUUGAUCAGGGCUAUUCUAUGAAGGUCCGCCUGCUCUACUUCGCGCACAUGUACGACAUAAAGCUGAGCCCCGAGCUUCAAGAAGACCUCGACAUGAUCCUGAAAAAAGUGCCCGAUCUCCACGCCGAGUUGGUUUCCAAAGUCUUCUUCCUCACCCAAGCGAUGCUGCAGCAGGGGCAAAUGCCAAAAGUGCCCAAAGUCGAAACUCUGGAUAACAUAAUCCGAAACAUGCAGAAUCUCGUCCAAGGUCUUCCGCUGAAUCAACGCUCCGUCGCGUUCAUGCAGCUGCCGCAUUUCAAAGAAGACUUUAUUCGAUUCCUCAACGCCAAGAAGGCUCGAUCAUUGAAGCAAUUGGCCGCCCGACCGGUUGAAGAAAUCAGAGCCAUCUUCAAAUCCCUGCCAGAGAAGGAGUUCAACGAGCUGUACGAAGUCUUCCGCGACAUUCCAGCGCUGCAGAUGAAGGUCGACGUCAAAGUCGAGGACGACGAUGACGACCACAAGAUCACCACCGGCUCGAUCGUCACUGUCAGCACCGAACUCACCCGCCACAACAUGGAAGAACUAUCACAAGCUGCCACCAACGGAGAUGAAAUCGUCUACAACGACGGCGACAUGGGCGAGGUCAAAAUCGCGCCCACUCCCGAGCAAAAAGAAACUGCCAAUCAAGCGAAAAAGGUCAAAUCCAAGAAGGGUCCUCAAGCUGCCGCUGCUAAACGAGCUGCCAAAGCUGCUCGUGAAGCUGCUGAAAAAGGUGCUGGUGAUGCUCCCGCUGUAGAAGAUGACGAGGAAGACGAAGAUGAAGAUGAAACCCCUGAAAACGCCUCCGAAAACGAAGACGCCGAAGAAGCGAGCUGGAAGAAACUCCAAAAGAAAAACAAGCGGAAAAACGUACUGACUCAAGACAACUCGCGAUUAACGCACACAGUCCACGCGCCGCGCUUCCCGGUCGAGAAGCAAGAGUGGUGGUGGGUCUACCUCUGCAUGACGAAUCCCAAGCGCGAGAAGCUCUCCGAGCGACUUCUCUGCGAACCCGUUCAAGUUCAGAACCUCGUCGACGUGAAAGAAGUAGACAUCCGCUUCCCCGCCCCCGGCCGCCCAGGAAUGUACAACUUCGUCGUCUACGUCCGCUCCGACAGCUACAUCGACAUCGACAUGAAGCACGAGUUCACUAUCACUGUCGAAGAGAGGGUCGAGGAAGAAAUCGUUCCGGAAAUGUGGGAUUCCGAAGCUGAAUCGGACGUUGACGGUGGUUUCGUGACGGAUUCCGACUCCGAAGAACCCUCCAGCUCCGAAUACGAGACCGACUCCGACGAGGAAUGA